AGCAGGCAUUUCUUCUUAUCAACGUCCAAGUGCACAUGGCCACUAUCUCUUGCUUGUCGCCGGCUACUCGUUGGAGCCUCCUGCUCACGGUAGCUGCACUAGUCCUAGUGCUGAGCCACGGGGUCCAUGCUCAUGGUGGUUACCGUGCCGGGUUGAGCUCGUCAUUCUACGACAGCUCAUGCCCUAGUACACGAGACAUUGUCCGGCGCGUCAUCCAGGACGCCCGUGUCACCGACGCGCGCAUCCCGGCCAGCCUCAUCCGCCUUCACUUCCACGAUUGCUUCGCCAACGGUUGUGACGGCUCGCUUCUACUCGAUGACGACAUCUCCUUGGGGAUAGUGAGCGAGAAGAAAGCCCCUGGGAAUUACAAGUCAGCGCGUGGAUUCAACGUGGUCGACAACAUCAAGCGCUCAUUGGAGAAAGCUUGCCCUGGCAUCGUCUCAUGUGCCGACAUCCUCACCCUAGCCGCUGAAAUCUCUGUCGAACUGGCGGGAGGGCCUUCAUGGAGCGUUCCUCUAGGGCGCCGCGAUGGCACGAAGACCAACAUCGAUAGCGCCAACGAUUUGCCGAGUCCUUUUGACCCUCUGGAUAUCCUUCAAGAGAAGUUCAAGAACAUGGGUCUCAACGACAUUGACCUUGUUGCCCUUCAAGGAGCUCACACCUUUGGGCGGACGCAGUGUCAAUUCACACAGCGGAACUGCACGGCUAGGCAGGAUGAGGGGACACUAGUGAACCUUGAUGCGGUCACUCCCGACGUAUUUGACAACAAGUACUAUGGAAACCUCCUUCGUGGGCGUGCCCCACUCUCGUCUGACCAGGUUAUGCUGUCCGACCCCGUCGCGGCGACAACUACUGCGCCAAUUGUUCGCAGGUUCUCCGAUAAUCAGAAGGACUUCUUUAGAAACUUUGCAGCCUCCAUGAUCAAAAUGGGAAAUAUAAGUCCAUUAACGGGAAGAGAUGGAGAGAUUAGAAAGAACUGUCGCCGGGUGAAUAAGAAGUACUAUUGAGGAACAAGAUUCUAUGCUCGGUGCUUGUAUAAAUCAUUUUUUUGGUUU